AUGGCUCAAGUACCCACCGACGUGCUUCUCCGGGCGUUGAGGGAGGAGGUGGCGGCGAUAGUGGCGCUGAAGCAGGUCAUUCGAGACAAGCUGCACGUGCUGCAGGUGGACGAGACAAGCAUGAUGGAGAUCCUCGUGCAGGCGGACCCUCCCAUCCCUCCGCCAUGCCCCCCAUGGCCCGUUCCCAAGCAGGUGGACGAGGCCAGCAUGAUGGAAAUCCUCGUGCAGGCGGACGCCCCUCCCAUCCCUCCGCCAUGGCCCAUGCCCCCCUACCCUCCCCAUGCGCCCCUACUGCGGACGCUCACCCAUCCCUCCGCCAUGGCCCAUGCCCCCCUACCCUCCCCCUACGCCCCACCCGCCGUGGACGAGGCGAGCAUGAUGGAGAUCCUUGCGCAGGCGGACGCCCCACCCGCCAUCAGAGCAGCCGCCGCUGCUGCUGAAGCGCACAUGCACAGGGGCGCUGGGGGAAGUGGAGAUGGGGGAGGGGGCGCGGAUUGGGGCGGGGAAGAAGGGGAGGGGGCGGGGGAGGAGGAAGGGGAGGAGGAGAUGAGUCUGGACGAUCUGGUGGCUGGGCUGGCGGAGGAACUUGAGAGGGAGAUGGGGGGUGGCGGGGGGCAUGUGGGGGGACAUGUGGGCGGUGGGGGGCAAGUGGGCAGUGGGGGGCAGGGGAGGAAUGCAGGCAGCGGGGAAGGAGUGGGGGAAGGGGGGUGGUGGGGGGGCAUGUGGGGGGGCAUGUGGGGGGGCAUGUGGGGGGGCAUGAGAGAGGUGGUGGGGGGCACGCGGAUGCAGACAGUGGGGGAGGAGGGGAUGAGCUUUGAUGAUCUGGUGGCUGGGCUGGCGGAGGAGCUUGAGGGAGAGAUGGAGGGCGGGCAUGGGGCAUGUGGGCGGGCAUGGGCCAUGUGGGCGGUAGGGGGCAUGUGGGUGGUCGGGGGCAUGAGGGCUGAUGAGGUCGCAAGGGAGAUGAGCAGAGAACGGAAAAGGGAGAAGGAGAGGAGGGGGAGGAGGGAGAGGAGGAAGGGAGAGGAGGGAGAUGAGGGAGAGAAGGAAGUGGAGGAAAGGGAGCAGGCGGUGUUGAAGGCACUGCAGGAGAUGAGGCGCCUCAAAAUGCACCUCACUACGCACGGGGGUGAGGAAGGCCGUGAACGAGACGAGGGCAAGAUUGGGCUGCUAGAGAAGAGGAGUGACGAAAGGCGAAGAUAUGGGAGCAGAGCUUCUCCAGUGACGUGCACCACGCAGCUUGACGUGCAGCGCAGCGCCAUAGCGUGCGCGUUCCGAUGCGUGCAUGAGCCCAAUCGAGCGCAGCUCUGUCUUCGCUUUGCCGCCUCCUUCGAGCCCUCCCUCGCAAAUCCGCGCGCCGUUGAAGGUCGUGGCCCCCCCCUCGCGAAUCAAGCGAUGCGGAGUCCUUCCUCGUCUCGCACCCGUCGCCGCCUCUUCGCCUCGCUCACGCUCUUCGUGCCGAUUAUCCUCGUGCUCGCCACGAGUUCGCGCCUUUCCCUGCCACGUGUGCACUUCUCACUGCGCCUCGAAUGGCCUGACGGCCGCCCGCAUCAUAGCGUCGGCAGCGGCCUCCCUGGGAGUGACCAUUUAGCGGCAGGCGCGAGUCGACGGAGGGCCCUCGCGGAAAGUCCGUCCGCCGCUCCGCCGCCGCUACUACCUCCUCCCGUGUGCGAGUGCCCCGCGUGCCCCGCCAGCGACAGUGGCCCUGGCGACAGUGGGCUGGGGGAAGAGGGUGCGAGAAGCGGUGGUGGAGAGGGGGGAGGGGGGAUUGCGGCGGAGGGGGGAGGCGAGGCGGAGGCGACGUGGGGCGAGAACCACGCGUUCCGAGUGCAUCCGACGAGCAUCAGCCUGUUUGCCGUCGUCAGCACUUACCGCACCGACGAAGCUAGCUUCAUGGUGGUGGGCGAGUCGCUGCUGGGUGCACAGCUGCAUUUCGCGGGCGCACUGGUGGACGAGUGUGUGUGGCAGGGCGAGGGGGAGGGCGAAGGGGGAGGAAAGGAGCCUCCGGUAGUUGCUCCAGCAGAGACCUUACAUCUGCGCCCUUCAGAGCACAUCUCCCUCCCCUGGGGAGCGCUCCUCAUCCGCUGCGCCUUCAACGCGUCAGUGGGCAGCAACAGCAGAGGCGGCGUGCUUUCUGUAUUGAAGCGCUCAGAGCAGCAGCGGCAGCGCCGCAGCAUCGCCCACGAGCACGCCCACGCUGUGGGCUUCGAUGUCCACGGUGCCUCCCCCCUCACCCUGCACACCGCCGCCAUGCCCGUCUUUCAAGAAAAACCUGGUGGUUUCGACAUAAUCACAUCCCCGCUCAAGUACAAUCUCACUCACUGUAGCGGGUCGCUCUUCGGGCACAUCGAUCCGCGGUCGCUGGGGGACUGGAUUCGGUACCACCACAGGGUUGUGGGUGUGGAGAAGUUUUUUUUCUAUGAUCACGGAGGGCUCACUGUGGAUAAUGACACGGCGGCGGUGGUGGCGCCUUAUGAGGAGACGGGGGUGGUGACUGUAACGAGGAUGAAGGGUGGAAGGCAUUUCGUGUCGUACUACUCACAUCAGAUCAUGAACCAGAACGACUGCUUGUAUCGCUCGAGAUUCCUCACCAAGUGGCUGCUCUACACGGACCUCGAUGAGUACAUCUUCACGCCGCCGCCCGCCACCUUCCUCUCGUGGCUUGACCGCCUGCCGAGCAACGCUUCAUGGGCGAGCAUGGGGUCGUACAUGCACAGCAUCAACACCUGCAGCCAGCCGCACCACGGCAAUGCCACUAACGAGUCACAGCUCUUAGUGGAGCAUCUGCCUUGGAGGGCCGAGAUGCCUAGCUGCUCUGAUCGGGCCAAGGCGUUGGUGUGCCCGGGAGCGCAGGGGAGGAGGAAGCAGGUGGUGGAUCCGAGGAGGAUUAACAUGGUAUCAGUGCAUCGUGUGGAGAACCCUUGGGAUGCGUAUGGUGUCGACUGGAAUGCCUCAUUUGCCGAGCCUAUGCCGAAGCUGAUGCAUUUCCAAGGCCUUCCGCGCGGAGCGGCGGGGAUGGCGGAGGAGGAGGAGCUGGCGAUGGGGUCGGACGACGACGCCGACGCGGAGAGCCCCGAGGAGAUCCUCGCCAAGAUCGACGACCGCUCGCAGCGCGUCGCGCACUUCCUCUCCGAGGGUCGAGUGCCAGAGGCGCUCAAGGCGGCUGUGAGCGACCCGCCCAUCGCCACGCGGGACCAGAAAUGCAAGGAUGCCAACUGGGAGGUGGUGCAGCGGGCGCUGGUCGCAGUGGAGGAUGUGGAUGGGGCCAUUGCAGGGCUCAAGUCCGAGGGGUGUGACACACUUAUGCGGUACCUGUACCGCGCACUGAGAACAGGGGAUGCAUCGCUGUGCGCGCGGGCGCUGCGGGUGCAUGAGAAGCUGACGGAGAAGGCAGGGCUGGGCUGCAUCAUGCGCGUUAUGGCUGAUAGGAAGCACACUGUGUAG